AUGAUCUUGCCGCAACAAUACUUAAAAUAUUUGGUUUUGGAACCAAACCAACAUUUGCAGAAGUUCACUUUACACGGACGACAAGUGAAGCUCCUGAGAUUCCACGCAGUGGCGUAA